UGGGGGGUGGGGGUGGGGAGCCAGCCCUGGGCUCCCUCCUGUGGGGCUCCCUCCUGUGGGGCUCCCUCCUGUGGGGCCCCAGCCAGGCCCGGGUGAGAGUGGCCCUGUGACCCAGGGCUCUGGCCUGCUUGGGGCCGGGCCCUCUGAAGAGCUCCCGGAGCAGAGGGGCCGGGCCUGGCUUGGCCUGCCUGGCGCCUCCAGAGCCUCCCGCCAGCAGCCCUCUCAGCCGAGGAGGAGGAGGCGCCCAUCCCCGGCUGCCCAGCUGCGAGGUGGUCUCUGGGGGGGCACCGCUCCCCCCCCCGGCCUAGCCCCCCCCGCCUCCUGGAUCCUCCGCCCCCCUUCAGUGAUGCCCUGGAAGAACUGGCACUCUUGGUGACUGGGGCUCGAGCGCCUCUCUUCAGCUGAGCGGUACCAUGGUGUUGCCACGGCGGCGUCUCCAUGGCAUGGUGCUGAGGAUGGGACACUUCUUGCCAAGCACCCACCUGGAGAGGGGUGCAAUCACUGAGCGUGUGCUUUACCUGUCAGCUGGACAAUCGAAGACAGCAGUAAUUUCUUCUUCGACUUGGAUGCAUUAGCUUUCACCAGAACCAAAACAUGCUUUGAAGCAGCAAAGCGACUGGGCUACAACAUUCCUACCGGAAUCCACCAAAGAACCACCUGUCAGCAGAAACAAGCCCUUCGUGCCCCCCUGGUGACUCUGGCUGCUCAUGGGCCCUCCUCUGGAUCUCAAAGGCACAUGAAAAGAAAGAGCCUGGAAAAGAAGGGCGGACCGUGGAGGGACACUGGCAGGUCCGAGCCAUCCUGGGUGCGAUGAACACUCGGUGCCGGCCUCGCCAUGGAAGGCUGUGACUCGCCUGUCCUCUCGGGAAAGGACCAUGGGUGCGCGGUCCCUCCGCACCAGCAAUGGACUGACCUGGGCAGCACCCACCUCCCCAGCAGCAAGCCGAGUCACACGGAGCAGCCUGCCGUGGAGAACCACAGAGCCCUAGACCAGCGGCGGGCCCCUUUCCGCCCGGGCUCCCCAGACAGUGACGCCGCGGCCACCCCCGGCCCAAGCGCCGAAGCCGCUGGCAAGGAGGUCAGCUGCAACGCCUGCGCCGCCUCCUUCGCCGGCUUGCAGAGCUACAUGGAGCACCACUGCCCCGCUGCCCGCCCCCUCCUCCCCCUGCUGGAGGACGGCGGUGGGAGUGACACCGGGGAGGAGGGCGACGAGGAGAGCGACGUGGAGAAUCUGGCCGGGGAGAUUGUCUACCAGCCGGACGGCUCGGCGUACAUUGUGGAGAGCAUCAGCCAGCUGGUCCAGAGUGGGGGGCUUUGCGGCGCUGGCAACGGCACCAGCAGUGGGGCGCUCCCUCCGCUCUUCCUGAACUCUCUCCCCAGCGCUGGGGGCAAGCAAGGAGAGGAGGCCCCCCCGCCCGCCCCGCCCGCCUACCCGCAGAUCAUCAACACGUUCCACAUAGCCUCCUCCUUGGGGAAGUGGUUUGAGGGCUCGGAGCAGGCCUUCCCCAAUACCUCAGCCCUGGCGGGGGUCAGCCCCGUCCUGCACAGCUUCCGCGUGUUUGACGUGCGCCACAAAAGCAACAAGGAUUACCUGAACAGCGACGGCUCUGCCAAAAGCUCCUGCGUAUCCAAAGAUGUUCCCAACAAUGUGGACCUGUCCAAGUUUGAUGGCUUUGUGCUCUAUGGGAAGCGGAAGCCCAUCCUGAUGUGCUUCUUGUGCAAGCUCUCCUUUGGCUACGUCCGCUCAUUUGUGACCCACGCAGUGCAUGACCAUCGAAUGACUCUGAGCGAGGAGGAGCGGAAAAUUCUUAGCAAUAAGAACAUCUCCGCGAUCAUCCAAGGGAUAGGCAAGGACAAGGAGCCCCUUGUCAGCUUUUUGGAACCAAAAAACAAAAACCCCUUUCCACACCCUUUAGUUUCCACAACUAACCUCAUGGGCCCUGGACACAGCUUCUAUGGCAAAUUCAGUGGGAUUCGGAUGGAAGGGGGGGAGGAAGGGGCCCAGUCCGGGGCUCCCAGUGGAGCAGACCAGCCCCAGCCAGGCCUCUUGGCCCCUGGGGCCCUCUUGAACCUCGGAGGGCUAACCAGCUCAGCUUUGAAGACCCCAAUUACCUCAGUCCCCCUGGGCCCACUGGCUUCCAGUCCUACCAAAUCCUCGGAGGGGAAGGACCCCGGGGUAGCAGAGUGGGAGAAGCAAGAUCUGGCUGACCAGGACAGCCUCUCGGAGAAAGCAGAGCUGGCUGGGGGGGAGGAGGGGGAGGAGGAGGAAGAAGAUGGGGAGGAGGAGGAGGAGGAGGAGGAAGAGGAGGAGGAGGAGGAGGAGGAAGGGGGGUGCAAAGGGCUGUUCCCAAGUGAGCUGGAGGAUGAGCUGGAGGAAAGGCCUCCCGAGGAGGAGCCUGGGGCUCUGGCAAGUGGCGGCGGCGGCGGCAGCAGCAGCAGCAGCAAAAAGGACCUUGCUCUCUCAAACCAAAGCGUUUCUCCCUUAAUGCCUAGCGUGCUCCAGGCUCUGUCCAGGGGCACGGCUUCUUCUAGUUCGAAUUCUGCUUCUUCCUUUGUCUUUGACGGUGCAAACAGGAGGAAUUGUUUAAGCUUUAACAGUGAAGGCAGCGAGGGCGGCAGCAGGAGGCUGGACUUCAGUGACGAAAGUGCCAAUAAAGACAAUGCCACAGUACCAGAACCAAAUGAGAGCGGGGAGGGGGAGGAGGGGAGCUACCUCCCCCCUCACCAGCACACGGGCCCCCUCUGUGAGGGGCAGGGGGGCGGCGGGGAGUGCCCCUCGGGCAGCGGCGUGGAGUGCCCCCGGUGCGACACGGUCCUGGGCUCCUCGCGCUCGCUGGGCGGCCACAUGACCAUGAUGCAUUCGCGCAACUCCUGCAAGACGCUCAAGUGCCCCAAGUGCAACUGGCACUACAAGUACCAGCAGACACUGGAGGCCCACAUGAAGGAGAAGCACCCGGAGCCGGGGGGCUCCUGUGUCUACUGCAAAAGCGGGCAGCCCCACCCGCGGCUGGCUCGGGGCGAGAGCUACACCUGUGGCUACAAGCCUUUCCGCUGUGAGGUUUGUAACUACUCCACCACGACCAAAGGCAACCUCAGCAUUCAUAUGCAGUCCGACAAGCAUCUCAACAACAUGCAGAACCUGCAGAACGGAGGCGGGGAGCAAGUGUUCAGCCACACUGCCGGGGCUGCCGUUGCUGCCGCCGCCGCCGCUGCCGCCGCCGCUGCCGCCACUGCCACCAACCUGGGUAGUGGCUGUGGGGCCCCCUCCCCGACCAAACCAAAAAGCAAGCCGACCUGGCGGUGCGAGGUGUGUGACUACGAGACCAACGUGGCCAGGAACCUCCGCAUACACAUGACCAGUGAGAAGCACAUGCACAACAUGAUGCUGCUGCAGCAGAACAUGAGCCAGAUGCAGCACAACCGCCACUUGGGCCUGGGCAGCCUGCCUGCCGAGGCGGAGCUCUACCAGUACUACCUGGCGCAGAACCUGACCCUGCCCAACCUGAAGAUGGACAGCACUGCCUCGGAUGCCCAGUUCAUGAUGGGCGGCUUCCAGCUGGACCCCACCAACCCCAUCACCUCCAUGGCCCCCUCUCUAGUGGGUGGAGAGAUUCCUCUGGACAUGCGACUUGGGAGUGGGCAGCUGGUGUCUGAGGAGCUCAUGAACCUGGGGGAGACCUUCACCCAGACCAGUGACCCCUCGCUGAAGCUCUUCCAGUGUGCUGUGUGCAACAGAUUCACCACAGACAACUUGGACCUGCUGGGGCUGCACAUGAAUGUGGAGCGCAGCCUGCCCGAGGAGGAGUGGAAGGCGGUGAUGGGAGACUCCCACCAGUGCAAGCUGUGCCGCUACAACACGCAGCUCAAGGCCAACUUCCAGCUCCACUGCAAGACGGACAAGCACGUGCAGAAGUACCAGCUGGUGGCGCACAUCAAGGAGGGCGGCAAGGCCAAUGAAUGGCGGCUCAAGUGCGUGGCCAUUGGGAACCCUGUGCAUCUGAAGUGCAACGCCUGCGACUAUUACACCAACAGCCUGGAGAAGCUGCGUCUCCAUACAGUGAACUCCCGGCACGAGGCCAGCCUGAAACUCUACAAGCACCUUCAGCACCACGAGAGCGGCGUGGAGGGUGACGGCUGCUCCUACCACUGUGCCCUCUGCAGCUACUCCACCAAGGCCAAGCUGAACCUCAUCCAGCACGUGCGCUCCAUGAAGCACCAGCGGAGCGAGAGCCUGCGCAAGCUGCAGCGCCUGCAGAAGGGCCUUCCCGAGGAGGAGGAGGAGGACUUGGGCCAGAUCUUCACCAUCCAGAAGUGCCCUGCGCCUGAUGCUGAGGAGCCCGUUGAAGCCACCGAAGGGUCCCAUGAGGCAGCUGCCGAUCCAGAAGAGCCUGCGAAAGAUCUUGAGUGUGCAGCUGACAAGGAGCCGGGCAGAUGGACAGCACAAGCUCCCCAGGCGGAGAAGGAGGCGACGGAACCCCCAGCGUCCUCCAGACUCGUUUCAUUUCCCAGCAGCUCUUCGGAGCCGCCUGGCACCCAGUGGCCCCAAACAUCCGACGAGUCCAAGCUGGAGCAGGUGUAUCAGUGUCCCUACUGCAAGUACAGCAACGCAGACGUCAACCGGCUGAGGGUCCACGCCAUGACUCAGCACUCGGUCCAGCCCAUGCUCCGCUGCCCCCUCUGCCAGGACAUGCUCAGCAACAAGAUCCACCUGCAGCUGCACCUCACCCACCUCCACAGCGUGUCUCCCGACUGUGUGGAGAAGCUCAUUUUGACGGUGACCACGCCAGAGGUGAUGAUGCCCAGCAGCAUGUUCCUGCCAGCCGCUCUGCCAGACCGAGACGGGAACGCCGGCACGGAGGAGCCAGCCCAGCCGCCCGACCCCUCGGAGGGCUUGGGCAAAAGCCUGCUGCCUUUAGAGAAUGCGGAGCGUGUGGCGGGAGAGCCGAAGCCGCUUGUGCCUGAGCCGGCCCCUGCCAGAGACGAGGCUGGCUUCCUCUGCUGGAAGAAGGGCUGCAGCCAGGUGUGCAAGAGCUCCACGGCCCUCCAGGCCCACUUCAGCGAGGUGCACGGCAAGCGGCCCCAGCUCCCGGUCUCCGACCGGCACGUCUACAAGUACCGCUGCACCCAGUGCAGCCUGGCCUUCAAAACCAUCGAGAAGCUCCAGCUGCACUCCCAGUACCACGUCAUCCGGGCAGCCACCAUGUGCUGCCUUUGCCAGCGCAGCUUCCGCACCUUCCAAGCCCUCAAGAAGCACCUGGAGACGAGUCACCUGGAGCUGAGUGAGGCUGACAUCCAGCAGCUGUACAGCGGGCUGCUGGUGAACGGCGACCUCUUGGCCAUGGGGGACCCGUCCCUGGCUGAGGAGCACACCAUCCUGGUGGUGGAGGAGGAGAAGGAGGAGGAGAGCGACCUGGAGGACAAGCAGAGCCCCGCUGGGAGCGACUCCGGCUCGGUGCAGGAAGACUCCGGCUCCGAACCCAAGCGGGCCCUCCCCUUCCGCAAGGGCCCCAACUUCACCAUGGAGAAGUUCCUGGACCCCUCCCGCCCCUACAAGUGCACCGUGUGCAAAGAGUCCUUCACCCAGAAGAACAUCCUCCUGGUCCACUACAACUCCGUCUCUCACCUGCACAAGCUGAAGCGGGCCCUCCAGGAGUCGACCACCGGCCAGCCGGAGCCCACCAGCAGCCCCGACAACAAGCCCUUCAAGUGCAGCACCUGCAGCGUGGCCUACAGCCAGAGCUCCACCCUGGAGAUCCACAUGCGCUCCGUCCUGCACCAGACCAAGGCUCGAGCAGCCAAGCUGGAGGCUGCAGGUGGCGGCGGCGGCGGCAGCAAUGGAGCAGGCAGCGGCAGCGGCCUCUCGCUGGGCUCCUCCACCCCCAGCCCUGUGAGCAGCUGUGGUGCCGCCACCUCCACCCCCACCCCCACCGCCGCCACCCCCACUUUCAGCAUGGCCCACACGAGCAGCGCCACUGUGGCCCCCCCCUCGGCCAGCUUGCUCAGCCAGGGCUCCUGCGAGAGCACAGGGCUCCCACCGCUCAGUACCACCAGCGCCACCCCCACCGCUGCUGCUGCUGCCACCCCGAGCCCUUCAGAACCCAAAGAGGUCCACCGGAAGAAGCUGGCUGACAUGAUCGCUUCCCGGCAGCAGCAGCAGCAGCAGCAGCAGCAGGCGGCAGCCCACACCUUGGCGCAGGCCCAGGCCCAAGUGCAAGCGCAGCUGCAGCAGGAGUUGCAGCAGCAGGCGGCUCUCCUGCAGUCCCAGCUCUUCAGCCCCGCCCUCUUGCCGCACUUCCCGAUGACCACCGAGACCCUCCUGCAGCUCCAGCAGCAGCAGCAGCAGCACCUGCUCUUCCCCUUCUACAUCCCCAGCGCUGAGUUCCAGCUGAACGCGGAAGUGAGCUUGCCUGUGACCAGCGGCACCCUGACCUUGACUAGCACCGGAGCCGGCCUGCUGGACGACUUGAAGGUGCAGCUCCCCCAGGCCGGCCACCCUCCGGUCCAGCAGCAGCAGCAGCAGCAGCAAGUGCCUCCAGGACAGCUGCCCCCGUCCCACGGUGUCCUGCUCCAGCAGAGCCAGCACCCGGACAAGAAAGCCAAGGCCAUUGCCAAGGAGAAGGAGAAGGAAGCCCAGAGGGAGCGGGAGGGCGUGGAGAAGGGCGAGGGCAGCUCGGCCUCCAAGGAGGCCCUGCCCAACAGCUUGAAGCCCAAAGACAAGCCAGAGGCGGCAGCGGCGGCGGCGGCAGCAGAGCCCCCCCUCCCUCCGCCCCGUAUUGCCUCGGAUGCGCGAGGGAACGCCACCAAAGCCUUGCUGGAAAACUUUGGCUUUGAGCUGGUCAUUCAGUACAACGAGAACAAGCAGAAGGUGCAGAAGAAAGUCGGGAAGCCUGAGCAGGGGGACAGCUUGGAGAAGCUGGAAUGCGAAGCGUGUGGCAAAUUCUUUUCCAACAUCCUCAUCCUGAAGAGCCACCAGGAGCACGUCCACCAGCAGUACUUCCCCUUCAAGCAGCUGGAGAGGUUUGCCAAGCAGUACCGCGAGCACUACGACCAGCUCUACCCGCUGCGGCCGCAAACGCCAGAGCCGCCCCCGCCCCCCCUGCCGCCCCCGCCGCCUGUGGGGCCCCCCCAGCAGCCUUCGACCCCCACCCUGCCUGCUCCAGCCCCGCCCAUCCCUUCGCCCAGCCUUGCGCCAGCCCAGCCGUCCCUGCCCCUCCCGCAGCUCUCCAUGCCGAUGGAGCUGCCCAUCUUCUCUCCCCUCAUGAUGCAGACCAUGCCUUUGCAGACCUUGCCGGCCCAGCUGCCCCCCCAGCUGGGCCCGGUGGACCCUUUGCCUGCAGACCUGGCCCAGCUCUACCAGCACCAGCUCAACCCGAGUCUUCUGCAGCAGCAGCAGCAGCAGCAGCAGAACAAGAGGCCCCGCACGCGGAUCACGGACGACCAGCUCAGAGUCCUGAGGCAGUACUUUGACAUCAACAAUUCCCCCAGCGAGGAGCAGAUCAAGGAGAUGGCCGAGAAGUCCGGCCUGCCGCAGAAGGUGAUCAAGCACUGGUUCCGGAACACGCUGUUCAAGGAGCGCCAGCGCAACAAGGACUCGCCCUACAACUUCAGCAACCCUCCCAUUACCAGCCUGGAGGACCUGAAGGUGGACUCGCGGCCCCCUUCUCCGGAGCCUCAGAAGCAGGAGUACUGGGGCAGCAAGAGGUCCUCCAGGACUCGCUUCACGGACUACCAGCUCAGAGUCCUGCAAGACUUCUUUGAUGCCAACGCUUACCCCAAGGAUGACGAGUUUGAACAGCUCUCCAACCUGCUCAACCUCCCGACCCGGGUGAUUGUGGUGUGGUUCCAGAAUGCCCGCCAGAAGGCCCGGAAGAACUAUGAGAAUCAGGGGGAAGGCAAAGACGGGGAGCGGCGGGAGCUGACCAACGACAGGUACAUCCGCACCAGCAACCUGAACUACCAGUGCAAGAAGUGCAGCCUCAUCUUCCAGCGCAUCUUUGACCUGAUCAAGCACCAGAAGAAGCUGUGCUACAAAGACGAAGACGAAGAGGGGCAGGAGGACAGCCAGAACGAAGACUCCAUGGAUGCCUCAGAGCUCCUGACGCCAACCAGCUCCUCCUGCAGCACCCCAAUGCCUGCCCAGGCCUACAGCACCCCCACAGCUUCCGCCAAUGCCGCCGCCGCCGCCUCAGCUUUCAUGCCUCAGGUCGCCGCCGAGGCAGACGACCCCUCUGCCAGCUAUAGUUCUAAAGCAGAAGCUACCGAUGAGAAACCAAAGCAACCUGAACCUCCCAGUCCGCAGCAGCAAAACCAAACUCCAGAGAAGCAAAUGCAACCAAAGCGGGAGGUGGGGCCACCGCCACCGCCAGAGCCAGGAGAGCAGAAGGCCGGCUCAGGGCACCCAAAGGCCUCCCCCCCCACUCUGCCACAGCCGGUCCAGCCUCCUCAGUGUGUCCUGCCCCAGUCCAGCCCCACCCCCUCGCAGCUCUCCCACCUGCCCCUGAAGCCCCUCCACACAUCCACCCCCCAGCAACUGGCCAGCCUGCCCCCUCAGCUCAUCCCCUACCAGUGUGACCAGUGCAAGCUGGCCUUUCCCUCCUUUGAGCACUGGCAAGAGCAUCAGCAGCUCCACUUCCUGAGUGCCCAGAGCCAGUUCAUACACCCCCAGUUCCUGGACAGGACCCUCGAGAUGCCUUUCAUGCUCUUUGACCCCAGCAACCCCCUGCUGGCCAGCCAGCUGCUCUCGGGAUCGCUCCCCCAGCUGCCCAUGAGCUCGGCCACUUCGCCGUCCACCCCGACCUCCGCCAUGAGCACCCUCAAGAGGAAGCUGGAAGAGAAGGCUAGCGUGAGUCCUGGAGAGAACGACAGCAGCACGGGGGGAGAGGAGCCCCAGAGGGACAAGCGUCUCCGGACCACCAUCACACCGGAGCAGCUGGAAAUCUUGUACCAGAAAUACCUCCUGGAUUCCAACCCCACCCGGAAGAUGCUUGACCACAUUGCACACGAGGUGGGCUUGAAGAAGCGGGUGGUGCAGGUUUGGUUCCAGAACACGCGAGCACGGGAACGCAAGGGGCAGUUCAGGGCUGUGGGGCCCGCCCAAGCCCACCGGCGAUGCCCUUUCUGCCGGGCUCUCUUCAAAGCCAAGACAGCCCUGGAGGCGCACAUCCGGUCCCGGCACUGGCACGAAGCCAAGCGGGCCGGGUACAACCUGACUUUGUCGGCCAUGCUGUUGGAUUGCGAUGGCGGUCUCCAGAUGAAGGGCGAUCUCUUCGAUGGAACAGGCUUCUCCCAUCUGCCUCCCGCCAGCAGUGACAGCCAGGGCAUUCCCCUCUCGCCAGUCAGCAAGUCCCUGGAACUCUCUCCUCGCACUCUUCUGAGCCCGUCAUCCAUCAAAGUGGAAGGGAUGGAGGACUUUGAGAGCCCCUCCAUGUCCUCCGUCAACCUCAGCUUUGACCCAGCCAAGCUGGACAAUGACGACUGCUCCUCUGUCAACACAGCCAUCACAGACACCACCACAGGUGACGAGGGCAACGCAGACAACGACAGCGCCACGGGGAUCGCCACUGAAGCCAAAAGCACUUUGGGGCCAAGCGAGGGUCUGACCCAGGCCGCCAUGAUAGCAAUGUCAGAGUAUGAAGACAGGCUGUCUUCUGGCCUGGUCAGCCCAGCUCCUAGCUUCUACAGCAAAGAGUACGACAACGAAGGGAUGGUGGACUACAGCGAGACCUCCAGCCUGGCCGAUCCCUGCUCGCCCAGCCCUGGCACCAGUGGCUCGGCAGGCAAGUCUGGAGACAGCGGGGAUCGGCCAGGACAGAAGCGCUUCCGCACUCAGAUGACCAACCUCCAGCUCAAGGUCCUGAAAUCUUGCUUUAAUGACUACAGGACGCCGACCAUGUUGGAGUGUGAGGUUCUGGGCAAUGACAUUGGCCUGCCCAAGAGAGUUGUUCAGGUCUGGUUCCAGAACGCUCGGGCCAAGGAGAAGAAGUCCAAGCUCAGCAUGGCCAAGCAUUUCGGCAUCAACCAAACCAGCUACGAGGGACCCAAAACAGAGUGCACCUUGUGUGGCAUCAAGUACAGCGCCCGCCUGUCUGUGCGUGACCACAUCUUCUCUCAGCAGCACAUCUCCAAAGUGAAGGACACCAUCGGAAGCCAGCUGGACAAGGAGAAAGAAUACUUUGAUCCCGCGACCGUCCGCCAGCUGAUGGCCCAGCAGGAGCUGGACCGGAUCAAAAAGGCCAACGAGGUCCUAGGCCUGGCUGCUCAGCAGCAAGGCCUCUUCGACAGCCCUCCUCUGCAAGCCCUCAAUCUUCCUGCCGCCUACCCAGCGGCCCUCCAGGGCAUCCCUCCUGUCCUCUUGCCGGGCCUCAACAGCCCCUCCUUGCCUGGCUUCACCCCCUCCAACACAGCUUUAACGUCUCCCAAGUCCAGCCUGAUGGGUCUCCCUGGCACAAGCAUCCCCUCGCCCGGCCUCCCCACCUCUGGAUUACCAAAUAAGCAGCCCUCGGCCUCCCUGAACUCCCCCACCCCGGCACAAGCCACGGCGGCGGCAGCGGCAGCCCCACAGCAGCCUCCGCCCCCGCCUCGGAAGGACAAGGAGAGCGAGAAGGCGGCGAAAGAGAAGGACAAGGCACCCAAGGGGAAGGGGGAUUCCCUGCUGGCCCCCAAGAGGGACAAAGCAGAAGCGCCCGGCCCGGCCCUUCCUGCCACGCUGCCUGCCAUGGAGUACUCUGUGGAGCCCGCGCAGCUCCAGGCCCUGCAGGCAGCUCUGAAUUCGGACCCAGCGGCUUUGUUGACAAGCCAGUUCCUCCCCUACUUUGUCCCUGGGUUUUCCCCCUACUACGCCCCGCAGAUCCCAGGGGCCUUGCAGAGUGGCUACCUGCAGCCCAUGUACGGCAUGGAAGGGCUGUUUCCCUACAGCCCUGCUCUGUCGCAGGCCCUGCUCGGCUUGUCCCCCAGCUCCCUGCUGCAGCAGUACCAGCAAUACCAACAGAGCCUGCAGGAAGCAUUGCAGCAGCAGCAGCAGCAGCAGCAGCAGCAGAGGCAAGUAUUGCAGCAGCAGCAGCAGCAGAAACUUCAGCAGCAGCAGCAGCAGCAGCCGCCGCCGCCCAAAGGAAGCCAAACCCCAGUCCCCUCGGGGGCUGCUACCCCAGACAAAGACCCUGCCAAAGAACCCCCCCAUCCAGAAGAGCAGAAAAAUGCACCCCACGAGGUGUCCCCCCACCUGCCCAAACCCCACGAAGAGCCCGAAGCAGAAGGCAGCAGUGCGGCGGAGCCCCUCUGCGACCCCUUCAUGGUUCCCAAGGUGCAGUACCGGCUGGUCUGCCGGAAGUGCCAGGCCGGCUUCAGCAGCCAGGAGGCGGCCAGCGACCACCUGAGGUCCCUCUGCUUCUCCGGCCAGUCUGUGGUGAAUCUGCAAGAGAUGGUGCUUCAGGUGCCUGCUGGCAGCGGCGGCUCGUACCAGUGUGUGGCGUGCGAGAGCACGGUGUGCGGGGACGAGGCCCUCCGGCAGCAUCUCGAGUCUGCCCCGCACAAACACCGAACAAUCCCAAGAGCAGCAAGAAACGCCAAAGAGCACCCCAGUCUAUUACCUCACUCCGCCUGCCUCCCCGAUCCCAGCACCGCAUCUACCUCGCAGUCUGCCGCUCACUCAACUGACAGCCCCUCCUCACCCCCCUCCUCAGCUUCCCCCCACACCUCCAGAAAGUCUUGGCCUCCAGCGGUCACGCGGGCCCCCUUGGGGAAGCCGCCCCCCCCGCCGCUGCCGCCUCCUCCUCUCUCCUCAUCUUCAACGGUUACCUCAAGUUCAUGCAGCACCUCAGGGGUUCAGCCCUCGAUGCCAACAGAUGACUAUUUGGAGGAGUCGGACUCUGAUCUUAGCCAAAAGUCCCAUGGACCGGCUAGCCCGGCGGAGAGGCCCGAGGCGCCCAGCUGCCCCAAGGACAGUGGUCUCGCGAGCAUAGAAAUGGACACCUUUCGAUUGUAAGCUUUGAAGAUGAACAAUGAAAAAAAAAAGAAUGAAAAAAAAAUUAACAAACCAAUUUCAAACAUAGACUAACUGCAAUUCCAAAGCUUCUAACCAAAAAAGAAAAAGAAAAAAAAGAAGAGAAAUGUGUGGGUUGUUUUCCCAUAUACCGAUGCCGGCAGCAGGUUUUCCAUUGCUUUCUUUUCACUGAAGCCCCAUUGUGUUUUGGCUGUUUGGAGGUACCCUGUGUCGGUCUGGAGGGAGGGAGGCCCACCCCCACAGCCUUCCAGCCCCUCCCAGCCAUGGCCCCCUCCAGAGCACAGCAGAGGCCGGCAGAACUGUAUGGGAAAGCAGACCACCUUGUGACCGUUUAAAAUUUCUGGCUAUCUUAGCAUUCAGAUACCAAUGGCUUGCUAAAAGAAAAAAAGAAAUGUAAUGUCUUUUUAUUCUCAGGUCAAUUGCUCACACUUUGUUCGGUUUUCAGAAUCAUUGUUUUAUAUAAAUAUAUAUAUAAUUUCUUUUUUGGUUUUGAAUUUUUUCCCCAAGGAAAUGGUUUUUGUUUUUUGUUUUUUUGUUAAUUUAAAAAUGGGCAGAAAGUAUUCAAGAGACAAACAAUGUGAACUGAGUUAGCUUUCUGGGGAUUUUAAGGGUAGCUUUUCUGCUGAAGCCAAUUUCAAGGGGAAAAGUUCAGCACUCCCACUUUUCAGGAAAAAAAACCAACAACAACAACAACAAAAACCCAACACGCAAAGAGUGUUAAGGACUUGGAGCUUAAAAAUAAGUUUUAAAACAACUGACUUUCUGUAUUUAUGAUAGAUAUGACCAUUUUUGGUGUUGAGUAGAUUGUUGCAUUGGAAAUGAACUGAAGCAGUAUGGUAGAUUUAAAAGAGAAAGCCCCCCCUGUGUACAUUUAGCUUUUGUAUGGUCCGGCCAACGGCUCCUCAUUUGGUGUUGUCUUGUUCAUUCCUAGCCAGAUAGAUGACCACCCAUCGGUUCGCCGAAGCUUUCCCCUCUUUGUACCUUGACACCCUCCUCCAUCCUGUAAUCUUCCACUUACGGUUGCUGCCUUCAUUUCUUAGAGGGCAGUUGCAGAAUUAUUUUAUAAAAACUAAAGAAAAAAUUCAAAGGGGGUCAGUAGGAUCCCUUGCAGAAUAUUUUUGUUGGGGGUUCAAAACUUUUUAAGGUGUAUACAUGUCUGUUACCCUCGUGCACUUAACUCUGUCUUCUCCUCCUCCUCCUCCUCCUCCUUCUUUUGGCUUCCUUUCCUCAUUUUGUAAAUGCUUCAAAGACUCCAAAGUUCUGGAACUCUCGGCCUUUGUUUCUCUCUGUGUAACUAGGGUGCACUUGUUUCUUUUCCAAUGACCUUUUUGUUGUGUGUGUGUGUGUAUGGGGGUGGGGGUUGGUUUAGUUUAUCUCUUUGGUUUCCCCCCCCCUCAAAAAGAAAUUCAUGCUUUAAAUAAAAUCCAAAGAGAAACACUUUUCACCACUGGUGCAGAAUGAGCAAAAAGGAUUCUUUUGACUUGAGGAUUUGUUUCUGCUUUUAGCCACAAGACUCAGUUUAAAUAAAGGAACUCAUAAAACAAAAUCAGUAUGUAGGUUGUACUCUGUGCUCCUUCAGCCAGAAAAGGAGCAGCUCUUCUCCGUCCUGAAUAGUCCACAAACCAAAAGAAGCAUUUUCACGGUGUCACAGGCUGGUCUCUGUGCUAGGGGGCCCUGUGAGUGGUGUGUGAUCCCCCCGCCCAGCCCUGAGGGGCAGAGAGCAAAAAGCAUUUUAGGGUUUUGUGUUAAUUGGAUCUCUCUGCUCCCCUUGUGUGGCAUCUUCUCUGAUCCGGACGUUGAAAGGAAAACUUUGUGCUGCUAUAUGGUAGAGUUUGAGUCAAAGCAGGUGCUGUGUUGCCACUUCCUAGCCAAAUGGCCACCACCCCUUCUUCCCCGGCCCUCCCCAACUGUGAAAUCCCUCCACCACCAUCAAAAGGGAACGAAGACUGUGAAUGCGGGCUGGUGGGGAGGUGCUUCUUUCCUGUUCCGGCUUUCCCCUGGUCCUGCAAUUGCAGAAGCUACCUGUGUUUUCUGCAGGAAGCUGGCAUGCUCCAAGGGAGGACAGACAGACAGACAGACGGACGGACGGCUUCUCCCCGUUUCUAUUCAUGCCUUUUUGUCUUUAGUUCAGUGGAAGACUAUCUUGAACUGUUGUACAUAUUUCUGACUAGACAGAUGCACAAUGCAAGGUCCUUUUCAUUUUUUUAGUAGACAGCACUAAAAAGAGCACCAUUGACUAUUCCUGCCAGUAUCCAGUUGUAGCAUCAAGUGUCAAAAGCACGCGCAGGUGGGCAGAAUGGGGCUCUUUCCUGUUAACCAUGGUCCUUGUAUUUCUCCCUGUGCUUGAGAUGGACAUUUUUUUUUUUUAAUUUUAAGGUUGUACAGUUUUGGUUUCCAUAAUUUCAUCUUGUUUGUAAUUCGUUCGUGUGUGUGUGUGUGUGUGUGUGUGUGUGUGUGUGUGUAUGUGUGUAUAUAUAUAUAUAUAUAUAUAUAUAUAUAUAUAUAUAUAUAUGUAUCUCCCCAUCCUUUUGACUUUUGUAUGUUGCUCUGUUUCAUAUAGAAGGUUGUUUCUUGUUUUGUUUUGGGUUCUGGAUCUCUGUGUGGUCUCAGUUGCCCGUCCCGCCCUCGCUCUUCCCUGCCAAGUCUGCUUGGAAAUCCUCCUCCUGUCUGCUUGCUUGUUUUCUCCCCUGCCCCGCCGCCGCCACUGCUCAGCUUGCUGGACCGCAGGGCUCCCUCCUCCUCUUCCUUCCGUCCCACGCCUCCAAGGAGUGGCUCCGUGCAUUUUCUUCUGCCCCUUGGUGUGUGGCGUCUCCCAUCCCGCUGCGCACGGAGCAGUGGCCGGCAAGCGGCGUCCCCUCUGGACUCCCCUUUUCCUGGAGCCCCCAAGAGCCAGUCGGAGCUGCUCCUGGUAGCCAAGCAGUGCUUUCCAGCCAGCCUCUGCCAUUGGGAACUCGCCGUUGAGCACUUGGGUUCUGGAGAAGCCCAGGAAGGAGGGGUGCAGCUGCCCCCAGAGGCCAUGCCUCGGCACCUGGCACUUGCUGCCUGGACUUCAGAACCUUCCCAGCCUCUUUCCCAUGAAACUCUCCCCGCCCCCCAACGCCCCGUCCCGAUCUUAUUUCUAACAGUCCUCCCUUGAUGCUGGAAAUCAAGCCACGUGAGAGAUUGAGGAAGGGUCUGUGUGGCGUGGCUGAGCGGCGUCUUGCCUGGUGUCCCCGAGAGCGGCCUGAAUGGGAGCUGCUCAGGCGGGGGGCGGGGCUGUCCAAGUGGAGUCUCCUUCCAGAGAAGCAGGAGUCGGGGUAGUGGAUGGGGUUGGUGGCACUGGAAGUCCUGCCCACUGUGAAACACCAAGUUCUUGACUAUUUUUUGUUUGUUGAAUUCAGGGUUAGGGAGGGAGGGACAAGUCUGACUAAAACAGAAAUGAGGUGAAGAGGUCUAUGACCAGCCUUUGCAAUGUACAAAACCAGAGCAAGUGAAACCAAAAAAGAUGUUCUUGGUGUUUUUCUAUCAUGUAGUCUUGUUAGCUUUUUUGUUACUGUAAGAAUUGCUGAUCUCGAACUGUACCAAAAUACAUGGAGACCGACAAAAACAGAAAUCCACACGGAACUUUAAAAAAAACAAAAACCAAGAUUUGUCACAAAACACUUUGUUGUCAUAGUUAAGUUGAUUGUAGAUGGUAAUUGAAUAUACUCCUUUGAAAAUAUUUCA